UUUGCCACCACCACUAUCUCAUCGAUCUCAUCCGUCUACGCCGCUCUGGCAGCCUCGUCCAUCACCGGUGAAUCUAUGCUUCGGAGGUCCAUGUGCUACAGCAACGACAACGGACUGGCGUGCGACGCAACGCGAUCCUUCGAUGAUACCGCUAGCAGCAGGAAGUCCUCACUGCAGACUGCUUCGCCGACUAUGCCUGCCCUCUCGCCUCGUAUGGUCGGCACUAUGCUGUUUGGACGAGCCCCUGUACAUCAUACUCUGCACAUCAUACAACCCUGGCUUCGCAACCGACGCACACUGUUCGUUGCCGACCUCGACACCCUGAUCAAAGACUCUCGAGGCUCGCAUAAAUCCUCGAGAACUGGCUGCCGCAAUUUCAACAGAGAGACAUGAUGCUACUCAUUAAUAUGGCGUACAUGACUUGGCUGGCACAGGCGCAGCUCCUCUUGCCAGGCAGCCAGCUGUACAGAUUCGUCUUUAGUUAUUCUGCCUCAAGUUGCCCCUGGUCGAUAGGCUUGGUGCCAGCAGGAGCUUCAAGCCUGGUCUUCAUCGCCGCCCAGACAGACGAUGAUGGGGUCAUGGGUAGCUGGGCUAAUCGAGUACGCAUCAAAAGUAUCGACACGCAGACCGCCGAUAGACAUGCGCUCUAUGCGACGUUCACGAUCGAGGCAGCUCCUUCGCACGGGCCUGACGCUCUGCAGCCCUGCUGCAAGAUUGUCUUCAAGACACGCAUGCGGAUAGCAGCAGACAAACACUUUGCAAAGGGCAUCUCCAGCUCGGUCAACCUCGUGUGCAACAGCGCAUCACCAGGUUGCGAAAAGGGCGCCAUGCAAUCCUUCGGUAUCGAUGGCAUCGUCAAUCAAAAGUGCGAGAGGGGGGAGAUAGACUGGUCCGAAAUAUCCUGAAGCCGAGCCAAUCGACAUAGUGUAUGUGUAAGGCUCUGGCAACGAUAAAGAUUCCAAAGCCAGAGGACUUGCAUAUCUGCUCGAAGUGAGCGCUUUACAC